AUGAAAAAAGUACAUUUAUCUAAAAAAUUAGGCUUCUUUAUAAGAAUCGAUAUUUAGAUUAAACAUCUAUAGCAACAACAAAUUGUUGAGUUGAGAAGAGAGAAACAAGACAUGAGAAGAAAAAACUUAGGGAAAUACGAAAAAUAAACAGCUUUGCCCAGUGACUUAUAAAUGUUCGAUAAGGCUUUACAGAGCAGAGAAAAGCCUCCUGUUGAAUAUAAAAUCUAUAGUUCUCCAGGUGAAUUAAGACCUAUUUAUCAACCAUAUUAAUAAUAAUAGCAAUAUUUGUUUUAUUGA